AUGGCACCUGAUGACGGCACGGAAUGGUUGCUGCAGCUGCUGACGGAAAUCCAGUUGGAACAAUUUUACGGCAAGAUCCGCAAUGAACUCCACGUGACGCGUCCCGGCCAUUUUGAUUAUGUCAGACCCACCGACCUUGACCGCAUUGGCAUGGGGCGCCCAGGACAGAGACGGUUAGAAGAUGCUCUAAAGCGCAGGAAGCCCCCAGGCCAGCGCCCGAUGUCCUGGGUGUACAAGAUGUUCACCGGGGUGAAAAGUCCAGAGAGCGAAGAAGCCCCCGCCUCCCAGUCCUCCACCCCCCGCACGGACCCCGGCUCCCUCAAGUGCCUGAUCAAUGAGUGGGACUUGGUGCUGCGGGAACUCCUCGGGGAUGGCUGCUUCGGAGUGGUGCACCGUGCCGAAUGGAGCGCCCCAGGCGGCAGGACGAUACUGGUGGCAGUGAAGUCUCUGCGCUCUGAUGUCUCGUCCGAUCCGGCGGCCCUCAUCGACUUCCUGAACGAGGUCAAUGCCAUGUGCUACCUGGAUCACCCCAACCUCUUGCGCCUCCACGGGGUGGUGCUCACCCAGCCCCUCAAGAUGGUGACGGAGCUGGCCCCGCUGGGCUCACUCUACGACCGCCUCCGCCCACCCUUCCCCCUCCACCGGCUCUGGAGCUACAGCCUGCAGGUGGCCAAAGGCAUGGCCUACCUGGAAGCCAAACUCUUCAUCCACCGUGACCUGGCGGCGCGCAACAUCCUCCUGGCCUCCGAGGAGCAUGCCAAGAUCGGCGACUUUGGACUCAUGCGCCCGCUGUCCAGCAAGAGCGACCGCUACAUCAUGUCUGCCCACCGUCGCAUCCCGUUUGCUUGGUGCGCCCCGGAGAGCUUGCGCACAGGGGUCUUCACCAGCGCUUCUGACGUGUGGAUGUUCGGGGUCACCAUCUGGGAGAUGUUCUCCUACUGCGAAGAGCCGUGGAUGGGUUUCUCUGGGCGCCAGAUCAUGCUCAAGGUAGACAGAGAGGGGGGGCGACUGGAACGCCCGGAUGAUUGCCCCCGGGGCAUCUAUGCCCUGGCACUGAAAUGCUGGGCCCACAGCCCCGAGGAGCGGCCCCGUUUCCGGGAGAUCAUCAACUUGUUACAAGAGCUCCGUCCCAAGGAAGUGAAGGCUGCCCAGAGCUUGCAUGAGCCAGGAUGGCUGCACCUGGAGCUAAAUGACACCAUCACGGUGAUUGACAGCAGCCCCGAUUCUUCCAGCUGGCGCGGACAGAACAAGCGGACACUCAGAGUUGGCAUCUUCCCGUCGUCCAUUGUGGUGCCGGAAGAAACAGCGCCCCCUGCUGGGACCCCUCUCAUUAGCCUCCCCCUGCGAAGUUCCUUUCUUCACCUGGCUCAUUGGGACGUGGAACCUGACCGGAGCUGGGGGGCGCCAGACCGGAUAGAGAAGAAACCGAAAGCCCCAGGGGGAAGCCCAGGUCCGAUGCGAUCUGGGGCUCAGCAGCUCUUGCGCUUGACACGCCUCUCCAAAAGUUUGGAGUCCAUUUCUGAAUUCAGCAUUCUUCGUGACAAGCCUCGGAUCCCUCUCUUCAAGCCAGACAACCCCCCUGCCGUCUCCCGUCGGCGUUUCAGCGAUCUUCCAGGCCCUUUUCCGUCAGCCCAGUCCCCUGAGCAUCGAGCGCCCAAGCCGGCCACCCGCUUCCCUAAUCCAGCCCUCCCUUCCUGGGCCCUUCCCAAACCUGACUGUCCUCUGGGGGCCAGGGAGAAGGAGCCGCGACCUCUCCGGACAGCACCCAAAGGAGCUGCGGGGCCAUCCUCAGGGCCCGGUGGCGGGCAACGACCGACCACUGACGUCGAGAAGAAAAUCAAGGAGGUACAAGAACGGGUUCACGGAGUGACGACGGAGGAAUGUCGCGAAGCCCUGAGGCUGCACAGCUGGGACCCUCAGAAAGCCGCCCAGAUGCUGAAGGUGGACCAGCUCUUCCACAUCGGCUCCCACUCCCGGGAGGAGUGCCGGCGGAUCUUGGAGCGGCACCGCUGGAACCUGGCCAUGGCCUCCCGCUACGUGCUCAGCAGGGGCCUGCGGGCCUGA